AUGCCUUCCGACGCCCAAGAACUCCAGGUCGUCCUGGCCGCCAAGGACAAGCGAGAGCUCGCUCCCAACGUGUCAUCUCAAGUAAUCGACGAGAUGAAGAGCAGUCUCAUCUUCCAGUUCAACUGGGCAGAGCUGCUCCAGGCCGCGCCCACAGCCAUCAGCUGCAUGGGAGCCUGCUUCGUUGCUAGCUCGAGCCCGAAUGCUGUCGUCCAUCUGGAACCGCCCAAGGACAAGGGUUUCCAGUACUUGAAAUACUCCUCAGUCCAAGCCAAUCUUGUUGAGUGCGGCAACAUGGGCCGUAUGGCGUUCAUCGCGGCGGAGAAUGGUAUGGGUACCAUUCAGUCGACCUCGAGAGUCAUCAACGGAAAGAUCAACGAUAUCCUCGCCACCAUUGGCGAACCAGAGUCCGCAAAGAAGAUGCUGCGUCCGCAGCUUGAAACCCUGAAGCGGGGAUCGGCCACUUGUCUCCAGGAGGCCCAGGCAAUGGACAAGAAGUUCGAGGACUGGCUCCUGUACGUCUGCGAGAUGCACGCGGCUUGCGUCCAACAAGAGAACAGCACCAGAGAGACUAUCUUUAGCAACGAGAUUUGCGUCGCUGCCGAGCAAACCCGCUUGGACUACCAGAAGUCGACCGUCGAGGAAGCCCAGAAGGCCUUUGACUUGAUGGGAAAACAGGUUGAAAAUGCUGGCGAGGCUUUCAAGAAGGCUUCGGAUGAGUUCCCCAACGGUUGGGAUAUCCUGGGCCAGCAGAUUGUCGGAGACUUGGUGGGAGCCGUCACAAACCUGGGCAACUCAUUUGCCCACGCCUUUAUUUCCAACCUGAACCCAAUCGCCAAGGUCCAGGCGGGUGCCUCUAUUGUCGGAGGCUUCCUCAACCCCAACAAGGACGGGUCCUCGGCCGAGGCUGGUGGACAACGGGCGGCGCCGGACCCGGUGGCGCCGACCGCCGCGGCCAAGAAUGCUACUGACCCAGCCUACACCGAAGUCAUCCGGCUUGACCACGUUCUUUCCAUCCUGCAGGUUAUUGUCAGUGGAAAGAACGCCGAUGGAAACAUUGACUGGGAACAGGCUCGCAGUGGCGGAACAGGAACAGACUCCAGGAAGAACAGCAUCGGCUAUGUCAAGGCGAUGUUGGAGGAUACCAAGACACGCUUUGCGCGAGUGGCCACAACAUCCGAUCCUAGCCAAACGCUGACUGCCAUCAUCAACGUAUCUCUCCAGGUUGCCAAUGGAAUCAACGAUGAGGUCAAGAAGUCCAGCAGCGUGUCCGCAGAGUGGCUGGCUAAGGACUCCGAGAAAGUCAAGAAGUGGCAGGAAGAUUUUGCCGUGCAGUAUCAGAAGGCAAACACCCUCAUCUCAACAGCCAAAACUGUUCCAGGUGUCACGGCUAAUGGUAUCCCUUUGAUGACGUCGGAGUCGGAGCGUAUCGCGCGGAUCAGUGCGAAGAGCACCCAGGCUCAGGCAGUGUUGGAAGCGGCGAAGAACAGACUGACAACGACCCAGCAGAUGUUGACCACUGCCCAAGAGAACUAUGUCAAGUCCACCGACAUGCUCCUGGAACAGAAGAACAAGCUGGGCCAGAUCCAGGCUACUUUGGCCCAGCUGACCAAGGCCAAUGUUUCUCUCGCCGAGAUCAAGCGGGUACUCAUCGAGUGUAUCAAGCUCAUCAUCAACCUCAAGCAGCAGGUGACCAACCUGGUUCGCUUCUUCAAGGCCAUGGAAUCGCUUGUCGAGAUGUGCAUUCGCUAUCACGUCGAGCCUUUCCUCGAGACCGUCAAGAUGAUUGUUGCCGCCGACGGCACUGACCCGUACAAGGAUCUCAGGAUCGGCAACUACACGUACACGGACUUCCAGCGCUCGCAGCUAUACAGCGCGGCCGUGACGAUGCGAGCAUACUUUGGUGUGUUUGGGGACAUUGCCAAGAUGUGGGUGCAGCUGUCCAAGGACAGCAUCAUGCCGGGACUUCGCAUGUGCGACGAGCUGUCGGUCACGGUCGAUGACAAGGACGCAUCCGCUCAGAUGAAGAAGAAGAUUGCAGACCUCAACAACUGGGCGAACGAUGCGGUCGACCGGGUGCAGAAAAUUUCGCAGGAAAAACAACAGGAGAUUAAGGACGGCAUGGGCUCCCGCAUCCAGGAGGUGGCCGAGACAACGGCCCAGAUCACUCCUCCGCCCGCGGCGACGGUCAAGGCCAUUACCGAUGGUACGGAAGUCAACAAGCAGGCCGCGAUUUCGUACAUCACGGAGAAGGCUAAGAGCAACGCUUACAGCCGAUUCGUCAUUGAGGAUGACUGA